AGUGUACGUUUAUAGUAAAUUCAACAAAGAUGGGACUGUUUUGGAGAGAACUGAUAGCUGGUAUUAUUAUUUUCACGUCAUCUCUCAUCGCAGCUCAAGCACCAGAACAACAUUGCUCACUGAAAUUCCAGGAGGCUUUUGAAGAGGCCGUAAAAUUGAAGAAAACUUGUCAAGAAGCACGCUACAGAGAUUGCUGCCAGGUGGCAAAAGCAUCACUUUUUGACUAUCCAAUUAAAAGUGGCGUCUUCUACAUUAACAAUGCUUGUGGGCAUGAGUCACCUUUCAUUCAAGAUAUUUCACCAAUGCAAGCUCGGUGCAACAUGGAGAGUGGUGAUGGUGGAUGGACAGUGCUAGUGAAGAGGACACCAGACGUGGAACAGAGAGAGCUUUUCAACAGAACAUGGGUGGAAUAUGAGAAUGGAUUUGGGAACCUGAGUGGCGAGUUCUGGUACGGACUAAAAAACAUGCACUGUCUUACGAGUCGAGAGCCAAUGGAGGUCGAAGUUGAAGUGAGUAAAACCGACGGUACAAAGGUAGUUCUUCCCUAUGGUAACUUUCGAGUGAAUGGACUCAGUACAAGCUACACACUGCAUGUGUCGGACAAACAACAUGAAGAGGCUUACGAUUACCUAGGAUAUCACAAUGGUAUGAAAUUCACAACAUUUGACAACGAUAAUGACAGUGGAACUUCUUCAAACUGUGCUACUAGCCACGGAAAAGUUGGAUGGUGGUUCAAAAAUUGUGACCUAACGUUACUAACUCAUAUGCCACAUCCAGAGCUCCACACAACGUCUCCUGUUACCUAUCACUAUGCAGAGUUAAGGGUGCGUCCAAAAUUAUGCAAUGCAAAUCUACCACGUACUUGUGACUAAUAGAACAGAUGCCAGCAAGAAUUUAUAGAAAUUACACCACUAGAAAAAGUUAAACUUGGACUGUUUGUAUUUAUAGUAGUGUAAUAGUGUAGAAAAAUGUUUAGACCUCAUUUUUAAUAUCACUACCAUUAAUGUAUGGAUAUAUUCUACUCAGAUUGUUCCACGACAA